AUGUUUUAAAUGGAUGAUGCUAUAAAUGUCACAUAUUUAACCUUUGAUGGACAUGUGGAAGUCACAAAAUACAGAUAUGUUUACUUUUUCAUUUUACUUACUGUGUAUAUUCUAAUAAUUUGCACUAAUUGUACAAUAGUGUACCUUAUCUGGAUCCACAAAAAUCUCCAUGAGCCUAUGUACAUUUUUAUAGCAGCUUUGUUACUUAAUGCUGUGGUUUUCAGUACUGUCAUCUACCCAAAGCUUCUGAUUGACUUUUUAUCUGAAGAACAGAUUAUAUCAUAUCCAGCUUGUCUGUUCCAGUUUCAUUUAUUUUACUCUUUGGGUGGUUCGGAGUUCUUACUGUUGGCAGCUAUGGCUUAUGACAGGUAUGUGUCUAUUUGUAAACCUCUGCAAUAUCCAACUGUUAUGAAUAAAACCACAGUAUGUGUCUUCUUGAUUUUAGCAUGGUUUGUGCCUGCAUGUCAGCUUGCAGUACCAACUGGAUUUAGUGCCAAAGAAAAACUCUGCAGGUUUGUUUUAAAGGGGAUUUUCUGCAACAACUCGCUAUACAAACUGCAAUGUGUGCUCUCCAAAGCACGUGUUAUACGUGAUAUGAUCAUACUUGUUAAUGUUGCUCUCUUUCCUGUGCUUUUCAUAAUUUUUACCUACACCAGGAUACUUCUAAUUACAUAUAAAAGUAGUAGAGAAGUCAAAAGAAAAGCUGCACAGACCUGUUUACCUCACUUGAUUGUACUGAUUAACUUUUUCUGUUUGUGUGCUUAUGAUGUGAUUAUAGUGGGAUUAGAACCAGAUUUUCCAAAGAUUGUACAUUUGAUCAUGACUUUGCAAGUGAUUCUGUACCACCCUCUCUUCAAUCCGAUUAUUUAUGGCCUGAAAAUGAAAGAGAUCUCCAAACACCUCAAGAGGCUGUUCUGCAGAGUAAGGAUGAACUGA